CGAACCCCCCGCGGCAUGGCGGGGCGAGCGGGAGCGCUGUGGCUGUGCGCGGCGGCGCUGGUGCUGUGCGCGACGGCGGAGCUGCGGCUGACCCUGCUGCACACCAACGACGUGCACGGGCGGGUGGAGGCGCGGGGCGCGGGGGCGCGGAGCUGCGCGGCGCGGGCCGCGGGCUGCUUCGGCGGCGUGGCGCGGCGGGCGGCGCGGGUGGCGGCGGUGCGGGCCGCGCACCGCAACGUGCUGCUGCUGGACGCCGGCGACCAGUACCAGGGCACGGUGUGGUUCUCCCGCUUCAAGGGCCGGGAGGCAGCGCACUUCAUGAACCUGCUGCGCUACGAUGCCAUGGCUUUGGGGAACCAUGAAUUUGAUGAAGGUGUGAAAGGAUUGCUGGAUCCUCUUCUUAUAAAUGCUAACUUCACAGUCCUGAGUGCAAACAUUAAGGGGAAAACUCCCUUAGGAGAGAGAAUGAUGGAAUAUGUUCACCCCUUUAAAAUCGUCCACUUUGGCUCAGAAUCAGUGGGAAUUGUGGGCUACACCACGAAGGAAACUGCUUUUCUUUCACAACCAGGGGAUGAUGUAGUCUUCGAAGAUGAAAUUGAAGCGCUGCAAGUACAAGUGAAUAAACUUACUGCUAUGGGAGUGAACAAAAUCAUUGCUCUGGGACACUCUGGUUUUGCUGUGGACAAGAGCAUUGCCCAGAAGGUGAAAGGAGUGGAUGUUGUAAUUGGAGGGCACACAAACACGUUCCUCUAUACAGGCACCCCACCCUCUACUGAACAGCCAGCUGGCCCCUACCCAGUCCUGGUCGACUCGGAGGACGGCAGGAAGGUGCCAGUUGUCCAGGCUUAUGCCUAUGGAAAAUACCUUGGCUGUUUAAAUGUCACCUUUGACAAGAGAGGAGACGUAGUGGAGGCCGUUGGAAACCCCAUCCUGCUGGACAGCAGCCUGCCUGAAGAUGAGCACAUUAAAAGAGAGGUGGAAGAGUGGAGGAAGCAGCUGGGGAAUUACUCGGAGGAGCUUGGCAAGACCAGCGUGUACCUGAACGGCACCAGCCAAGCCUGCCGCUUCCAGGAGUGCAACAUGGGAAACCUGCUCUGUGAUGCUGUGCUCUAUGAGAACGUGGGGCACCCAGAUAAGAAGUCCUGGAACCAUGUCUCAAUGUGCAUCCUGAACGGAGGUGGCAUUCGGUCACCCAUCGACGAGGAGACCACCAACGGCAGCAUCACCGUGGAAGAUCUGCUCUCUGUUCUGCCCUUCGGAGGUCGCUUUGAUCUGGUAAGGCUGAGAGGCUCCACGCUGAAGGAGGCUUUUGAGCACAGCGUGCGCAGGUACGGCAGAGGAGGUGGAGAGCUGCUGCAGGUGGGAGGCAUCCACGUGGUCUAUGAUCUCUCCAGAAGCCCAGGAAGCAGAGUGGUGAGUUUGGAAGUGCUCUGCACAGCCUGCCGGGUCCCAGCCUACGUCCCGCUGCAGAUGGAUCAAGUAUACAACGUGACCCUUCCCUCCUAUAUGUUGUUUGGGGGAGAUGGCUACCACAUGCUGAAGGACAACAACCUGGGGUACAGCAAAGGUGACCCUGACGUGGAGGUCGUUUCCCGUUACCUCCAGAGGAUGAAGAGAGUUUACCCAGCAGUGGAAGGUCGAAUAAAGUUUUCUUCUGGAAGUCUUCUUGAAGCAAGCCUUGCCCUGAUUUCUGUGCUCUUCACUCUAACCAUCUUGCACACCUGAUUUUGGCUCCCCCAGUCUUUGUUUGGAGGCAGCUAGGCAGGAGGAGAGGUGAUGCUGAUGAGGGGAAAAGGGAACUGUUGGGAACUGUUCUGUUCUUUUCUCCUUCAGCCUUAAAAUGGAUCUUUGGGUUCCUGCUUGUCAGCAGCAAAGAGCACAAGCAGUUGGCUUUCAUCUGGUGCAGAAGGAGCAGGCAGGAUUCAUGACUCCUCAGUCUGAAGCAGAAUGGAGGCUGAGGGUGCAAGAAGCAAAUGCCCAGCGAACGCUAAAGCUCCAUCAUGAAAAGCAGGGCCCCAAAAAGGGCCACUUUUAGCUUGUCAAAAUUCUCUCAGCUCCUUCAGUGGGCUGAUGGAAAAUUUUGAUUCCAGUAAUGUAACCAAGCUUGAAGGAAUGGAUUAACUGCAGGUUUCCAAACCUCUCUUUCAUCUCCACUCAGGGUUACAGCUCUCCAUCCCAUUAACUCUUCCCUUCCAGUUGUCUCUAUCAUACCUACAUCAAAGCCUGAAGGAGCUGGAUUAAACAAGGUGUUAUUAAAAGCAGGAGAUCCACCUACAUGCCAGGAACAAAAAGGGUUUCCAUUGGACUUCUGAAGCUGCAACACCUCACUCCUGUUUUCCCACUAAUAAAGGAUGCAAUGAAAGCUUCA